CAUCAAUUGAUAUUAACAACGUGAGCGAUAUCGAGGAUAUUGUGACUGGCGAAGAUAAUGGAGAUAGGAAACCAAACAGGAGAAAUGUGUUGCCAAAGCGUCUUAGAAGACGAGAAGCUUUGUGUGAGAAGAGUCACGUGACCCCAUCUCUUAUGUCGAAUAUCCCGGCUAUGGAAAAGGUUUACAUCAAGACGUGGGGUUGUUCACAUAACAAUAGCGAUGGAGAAUACAUAGCUGGACAACUAUCUGCAUUUGGUUAUUUUAUAACAGAUGAUCCUGAAUUGUCUGACCUGUGGGUGCUUAACAGUUGCACUGUCAAGAAUCCAUCUGAAGACAGCUUCAUAAAUGCGGUUCAAAAGGCACACGAGCUAAACAAACACAUCGUUCUUGCUGGUUGUGUCCCACAAGCUCAGAAGGAUCACAAAAUGUUGAAAGGUUUAUCAGCGAUCGGCGUGCAACAGAUUGAUCGGAUUGUUGACGUCGUGGAAGAGACACUGAAGGGAAAUACUGUGAGAUUAUUUGGGAGUAAGAGACAGAAUGGGAGACGAGUGGGCGGGGCAGAUUUGUCGUUGCCAAAAAUCAGGAAAAAUCCUUUGAUUGAGAUAAUUGCUAUCAACACGGGCUGCCUCAACAACUGCACUUACUGCAAGACCAAACAGUCAAGAGGUGAUCUAGCCAGUUACCAACCAGAGGAGAUCAUAUCAAGGGCCAGGCAGUCGUUUGAAGAAGGUGUGCGUGAGAUUUGGUUGACAAGUGAGGAUACGGGAGCUUAUGGGAGGGACAUUGGCGUUACGUUGCCGGAACUGUUGAAUCGGCUGGUGGAAGUGAUUCCUGAGGGAGCAAUGCUGAGACUGGGAAUGACGAAUCCUCCGUAUAUACUUGAUCAUUUAGAGGAAAUGGCACAAAUUCUGAGUCAUUCUCGUGUCUACUCAUUUCUUCACAUUCCAGUUCAGUCUGCUUCUGACUCGGUUUUGGCAGACAUGAAGCGUGAGUACACGAUAGAAGAUUUCAAGCACGUGGUGGACUUUUUGAACAAACAAGUACCCGGUAUCACCAUAGCAACAGACGUCAUCUGCGGCUUUCCAACAGAAACUCCAGAAGAUUUCUCUACAACACUCAGUCUCGUUCAAGAAUACAAAUUUCCCAGUCUAUUUAUCAAUCAAUUUUAUCCUCGUCCCGGCACACCCGCAGCUCGAAUGAAACGAAUUCCGACUGAAAUCGUGAAGCAAAGAACGAGAGAGAUAUCCAAGCUGUUUCAGUCCUACAAACCGUACGACCACAAGGUUGGGGAGAGGCAGACGGUGUUGGUGACUGAGGAGGCACAUGACAGGCGGCAUUACGUUGCACACAAUAAGUUUUAUGAGCAGGUUUUGGUUCCAAUGGACGACACAUUACUCGGUUGCAUGAUUGACGUUGAGAUUGUUUCAGCCACAAAGCACUCAAUGGAGGGCAAACUAUGCGGUCUGGCUCUCACGUCGCAUUCGUGUUUGCCCCCCUCUCUCGGUCUCGGUGAGAUCACCAGCUUGUCAGACAGACUAACACAAACAGGACAGAAUAGGUUCGUAAUGAAGCAAAGACGAUGGAAUGUUGGGUCGUCGUUUGUGUGGACGCUGUUGCAGUUGCUUGUGGUGUCAGUUCUGUCUGUCGUUGUGCUAAUGUAUUGGUGACAAAUUUGUUGUCCAAUCAGGGCCCUUGUAAAUUGUUAUUAAUUAGACAUGGAAAUUGAGGGUUUGGGGCUGGAGUAGAAUGACAGCAUUGAAAUGUGG